CAUCUUUAAUUCCCGUAGCCCUCUCCCUGUAGGUGUGUUGUUUGUAUCGGUCCACUGGGUUAGAAGUGGACUGACAGUCCAGGAAUCAUGGGGAGGAAGAAGAAGAAGCAGAUGAAGCCUUGGUGCUGGUACUGUAACAGAGACUUCGAUGAUGAAAAGAUUCUCAUUCAACACCAGAAGGCCAAACAUUUCAAGUGCCACAUCUGUCAUAAAAAACUGUACACCGGCCCCGGGCUUGCGAUCCACUGUAUGCAGGUACACAAAGAGACAAUUGAUGGAGUUCCUAAUGCAAUACCUGGAAGAAUAGACAUUGAGCUUGAGAUAUAUGGCAUGGAGGGUAUUCCCGAAAAAGACAUGGAAGAGAGAAGAAGAGUGCUAGAACAAAAGAACCAAGGUAUUAGCAACCAAAAUACCUCAAUGAAACUGUCUUUUAUGCUCUAUUCUAGAGACGUAUUAUGCUCUUCCUGCUUUUCAGAGACGCAAAAGAAGAAACAGAACCAGGAUGACUCCGAUGAGAUCGAUGAGGAUGACGAGCCCGGUCCCUCCUUCCAGCAGCCUGCUGCAGGCCAACCCCAGGCCGGUUACAUACCCCCUAUGACCCAGCCGGGCAUUCCUCCUGGCUCUGGUGCUCCAGGGAUACCACUGGGCAGCUACUUGGGAAUCCCCCCAAUGAUGCCAGGUGUGCCACCAAUGAUGCCAGGAAUGCCUCCCUUAAUGCCAGGAAUGCCUCCGGGGAUGAUACCAAUGGGCGGGUUGAUGCCUCCAGGCCCCGGGAUGCCACCAAUGAUACCAGGCAUGCCUCCUCCUGUGGGCCACCGUCCAGGCCUCCCACACAUGGCUCAGGUUCCCUCUGCUGCAAACGUGCUGACUAGACCUGCUGUUCCUGCUGCCGCUGCCCCCUCAGCCCAGCCCGAUGUCACAAAGCCUCUGUUCCCCAUUGCUGGACAGAGCCAGCAGUCAGGGCCCCCCCACCCUCCUCCCUGUCCCUCCUCUGACCCCUCAAAGCCCACAUUCCCGGCCUACACUCAGGCCACCGUAGCUGUGGUCAGCCCCAAUGCUGGCAGCAGUACGGUUUCAAAACCUCCCUCUACUGUGACCAGUAAGCCUGCUACCCUCACCACCUCCAGUGCAACCAGUAAGUUGAUCCACCCCGAUGAGGAUAUCUCACUGGAAGAGUUGCGGUCUCAGUUGCCGAGGUACCAGCGCAGCGCUCCCCGCCAAGGCCAGACCAGCGCUGCUACCCCGUCAGUUGGUCCUGUCGGGGGCAUGAUGGCACCUCAGCAGUCCGGCAUGAGGCACCCUAUACCUGGCCAGUAUGGUGGUCCACCCCAGGGGAUUCCAGGCUACAUGCCCGGAGGGAUGCCUCCAUAUGGACUGGCCCCUCCCGUGGCUCCCCCAGGGUACCAGGGAGCCCCUCCACCCAUGGGUAUGAGACCCCCUGUCAUGUCUCCUGGAGCCCGCUACUGAAGCCUGCCAUCCUCUCUUCAAUAGGUUUGGACACUCAACCCUUUUCUAAUGUCCUCAGCUGCUAGUAGACAAGCCAGUAUUGGUGUUAUAGUACCCCGACGUACUGUUUAUUCUACUACUGAGCUCUGAGGAAGAGACACUGAAUAAACGGCAAACAAAAGAGCUAUGAAAGCAUCACAGAGCGUUGGGAAAUAUUUACACUGUACCUAACCAAGACUAUGACCUGUUGUUUCAAACCCUCUCUGUUCUGUGGCUUCUUUUCCUUCUCAUGUUUCAUUCAGGUGUAUAGAAGUAUAGUAGAUAUGGUUCGUAGUGUUGUGAAGGCGCUGGAGUUACAUGGGCAGUUCCCACCCUUUAUCAAGGCAAGUCUUAUGUAAAUACGUUUCUGUUCUAAGCUAAACAGUGAGGCCUUCACAGCACGUAGUGCUGUUGGACUUUGUGUCCCCAACUUUGUUUGGUGAGGGCUUCAAAUAUCUGUUUAUGCAUUCAUUCUGUUUCAUGUUUAUAGUUCCUAUAACCCUAAAUAGUUGAAGUACGAAAUGAAGUGGCAUAUGCAUUUGCUGUAAAACUGUACUGUAAUAAAAUGUGGCAAAAAUGUAAGACUCUUCUUUGCGGGACGCGAGUGGGAAAAGAGACGUCGCAGCAGGUUUGUACUCCACAGGUUGAAAAGUAUCAACAGAAAUGUGCUUUUAUGCUUUUUGAGUUGAAAUUAAAAAUGUUGGUGAAUGUUUUAUUUAGGCUCUAAGCAGUGUAUUGUUUAUUCCUGUUAUUAUUGAUGCUCUGUACAUGGCGUGUAAGUUGUACAGCUGCAUAACUUCCGGGUGGUUGUAGUGCUAAAACCCCGAUUUCUCUUCUCCCUGUAGCGAUGCCAUGGGGGACUGGCUGAGGCCCUGUCUCAGUGUAGCCCUGUUUCAGCCCGAGGCAAGUCUCACCAUUUUCUGUCUUCUCAUUCAUUACCAGGGGCCCUCACAGCUUACACGCUGUUGGAUCGCAAUGUCCCCAAACUUGCAGCAAGUUUGGUGAAGGCCCUUGUUUGUGUUUUCUUCAGGCAUGUUGGCUCAUGUUUACUAAGCUUUUGGUUUUACGUAGUCCUACAGUCUACAGCAGUUUACUGCCUGAAACAUUUACCGGGUGGUCAAAAUCAAAUAAUUUGUUACAGACGGCAUUAACGGCCAGACACAUACAUACAAUGUUUUGUUGGGAGGUUUGUGAUGAAAACAUAUGCUUGUAAAAUGGCUGCACUACUUAAUCCUGUUUGUUUCAUCAGCUGUCCUCACUUGAUCAUUUGCAUUUAACUACUUGCAUGAAGGAGAAUCCGAACCAGUAACAGGUUAGUUAAAGCUGUAAGUACCACUGCUGUGAUUUUAAUUUCUUUCAACCUGUGUUUUGUGUGCACACACAAUGAGACGUUAAUGUCUGUCACCUUUUUAUGAAAAACAUGAAACGAGCUCUUAACAAUUCUUCAGCAUUUUACAUUAAUGGCAGCCGUUUGGUUGUAUGAUUGUUAGGAAUAACUCGGGGCAUAAAUGGUAAAUAUUUAAGUGUGCAACACAUUUCUAUCUGCUGAAUGUUAUUGUUUCUCAACAUAGGUUUUGAUGGGAAUAACCUCCAGUUAAACUGAUUUAAUUAUUGUUAAUACAGGCAGAGUCUUCUCUGGUAAGUAUGAGCGCAUCACGUCUGUCGUUUAUGGUAAUGCUAAAAUGCUAAUAGGGGCGUGUUCAGGGAGUGGCACCAACCACUCCAGGUGCUUCCUCAUUAUCAUAAACUAUGUUGGUGCUUCUUUGUGGUCUGGGGCGGGGCCUUACUUUUUGUCCACACAGGCUCAUUUAUUUAAGUUUCGCUGACACUUUAUACUUUAUUUUUGUUUUGUUUUUGUGUGCAACCAACUUUUGAAAGUACAAAUACUUUGUGAGGUUUUAAAGGUUCUCAAUAAGAUAUUCAGAGCAGAGGAAGUGGAAGAUUCAUAUUUGUACAGUGCCACUGUGUUGUGAUUGGAAGGUCUAUUUAUCUUUUUAAAUGAAGAUUUGAAGCAGAAGAAUGGAAUAAGUUGUAGGACACUGUAAUUAGUAAAAAUAGAUAUGAGUAGUGGAAACAAAGGGUCAAGUACUGCCAUUUCGAUGCAUGUGUGUAAUAUAAUUCAUAUCAUCCCAGUCAAGAGUCUGGACAAGCCACUGUUUGCUAAUCCAGUUAAUCUUCACCAAUGCUUUGCUGAAGAGUUCAGUUAAAUGAAAAUAUACAUGUUCUGCUGCUUAUUAGUUAUUUCAUACCUUGUCUGAGAAUAUGAUGGUAGCCGGUUUAGAAGCUUCUGUAUUUUUAUUUUUUUGAGCUUUUAAGUUAUGUGAAAAACUGAAGCUUGAUCGUGAAUAUUUGUUUUAGGAUCGGUCCUUCUACUAGAUUUUAUGUGAUUUCUCUACUAAUGUCUGAAUAUAAACUUUUUUCUUUCAAUAAACAAGCUCAUAAACCCUUAA